UUAGCUGAUGAAUUCAGUGUGAGCGAUUAUUGUGGAACGAUAGCUUUAACUGUUUUGAUAAUGGGAAUACAUAUAAUAAUAGCCAAUGCUGGCGACUCUUGUGUGGUGCUAUGUAGGAACAGGUCUGCAACACAUAUUACUGACGACCACAGGGGGUCGACUUGCUUACAAGAAACGGAAAGAUGUGAGUGGUAAAUAAUCAGCUAUACAUUAUCAGCCAGAGCCAAAAAUCGAUUAUACAUUAAAAGCUGUUGGUGGAAGUUUAACAGCCAUUCUUGGACUUUCUGACCUGAUAGAUGUAAGUUUCUUUAUGAUGUGAUUAACAUUGUUUUGUAACUAAGUUUGUCUGAAUUGUUGAUAGUUUCUAUGCAGGUGAAGAGCUAACACUAAAAUACAAUUAUAUCCCUGAUUACUAAUGUGACUUUACAUUGACUUGAGGGUUAUGUUAAUGUAAUUAAUAAUCACAUUAAUAAUAGACUGCACAUUAAUAACAUCGGCUGAUCAUCUGCCCAUAACAGUUCUGUAUUAAAUUUUGAAUUAAACAACAUUUUUCAUUCCAAAAGACUAUUUUAAAUGCCUAUAUAAAUAAGUCUCCACAUUGCAGGUCAUACUCGCCUUCUCUUCAACAACCUGUAGUUGCUGGAUCUACACGUGACGCCAUGUCAGGGAACAACACUGUCGCCGGCUAUUCAGAAAAAUGGACCACCCUAGAAGCCAUCUUGAACCACGGAAGAAGAAAUAGGCAACACACGAGUGCUGAAUUCACCUGUCAUGUUCAACUUAAGCGCAUACGCAAUAACCAGGAGUGGUUCAGGCUGACAUGUGGCGGUGGAGGCUGCAUGAAAGGUGUAGUAGGUGAAGACAAGAAUAUGUGGUGUGAUGGGUGCGAAAACCCCGUACUCUUCCCAAGAGUAAGUUUCAGGCUAGAACUCGAGGUGUUUGAUUCAACAGCCGAAGCUGUCAUUGUCUGCUUUGAUGACACCGCCGAACACUUGACAAAUGCCACUGCUCAUGAUAUACUCACAUCAGAGUCUGUCCUAUCAGGCGUCUACAACCUUUAUUCUACCGACAUCCAGGAUAAGUUCACUCCGGUGAUAGUAAGAAACCCCGACAACAGCAUCUCAGCACUGCCGAAAUGUUUGCAGUCUCUUGUGGGCAGCACUCAGACCCUCCUGCUUGAUUCAUGUACGUACUAUGAUCAUGGUUCUUUCGAAAGUUUUAACUGCAAGAAUGUUCUUCUAUACGGAGAUGGCGGUGGGUGCGUUGGUUCUUCCACACCUCAUUCGCUCUCUAAUAAAGACAAUGAGGUAGUGCCGAUACCGACACCAGUUAAGCACGUUGAAACGACCAUAAGGUAUAUCUCCGUUUAUCAUUGAUUUUGACUUCAAUAAGAAUUGUACUGAUGAUAUUUAAACCACACAAUAUGCAUUACAUUUACAAAAAGUUUUGUUAGGUAUGUCCAGCAUUAUAAAUUAUGAUUUUGUUUCUUUUUUUUUUUUACAUUAAAAUGUACAUAAGUUAGUUAUGAAUGUCUAAAACGACCUCAAAGGAAGGGCCCCAUGCAAGACAAAUAUGUUGGGCUAAUCGGGACCAUGAACCAACAAACCUAGCUUUUUAAGCAACCUUAUAGCUUUUUUUAAUUGUCAAGAAAAGUUCCUGUUCUUUCCUUCGCAGGACUACUUAUACAAAAUCGGGUUCGGAUUCAGAAGAAAACGUUGACGAUGAUCCACGUGAAAGGCAGUCGACCGGUGAUGGGAUUGGGGAUGAUAGUGCCAUGCGUUAACUAAAGUUCGGUCCAUGUGUUAGCCAAUAAGACAAGGAGGCGUGCGAGAGCUACUGCGUUUUUCCCAUUUACGUUUCAUGUUUUUUAUUUUGGAAGACAUCUUUUCCCUUUUUUUUUGGGCACAAAAGUUAUGCCGACAGAACAAAUUACGAUCCAUGGUUUAAUAAAGUUUUAGCAUGCCUCUUUAUAUAGGUCUUUG